AUGGCUCAGAAGUCCAAGUAGGUAUUUCCCUUUUUUCAUGUGUAAAAGUAUUAUCUAGUACACCUCAACAUUACAACCACUGACCUAUACGAUAAACAUUAACAUGGCCAGGUUACCAUUAUUUGAGAUUCUUACAUACAGUGUAAGAGUUUGAUGUACAGAAAUCUUAAGAAUUUCUACUUUGAUACAUGGCCAUGGGUACUCAAAAUAUUAUUGUUUUAGUAACCACACCAUAUUGUUUGUGGUGUGGUUUUUUUGUAAGGUUUUCAAGUCUCCUAAGAACAUGACAUUUUAAUUAUCAUUAAAGUAAUAAUAUUUACUUUUCAGGUUCCACUUGCCAUCAUUUUCAAAAAUGAAAACAUCAAUGAGGACAUGGUUUCCAUCCUGCAGCAAUUCUUUUCCUACCUUCCAAAAACUGGAGAUGGUGGUGUUGAUGGUCAGCUAUUCUCUGGUGACCAACUAACAGUAGAAAGGGCAGUUAAUGUAAUUUCCUCUGUAGCAAAUGGUUUUACCCUAGAGGAUCGUUUAGAAGGCAUUAACCUUCAGUUGGGUGAUUGGCAUGCAGCUGUGAAAGUUCUAACUGUAAGUCAGACAACUAUUAGUAGCUGUAUGUAGUAGGGGCAAUAAAUAAUUUAUUAUUAGUUUAGAUUAAAUUUGUCUAAUGAAUGUUUUUUUUUUUUUAAUGCAAGUUUAUCUGACUUUGGGUUUCUACCUGCCCAGAAUGUUUUUACUCAGGCAGUAAAAGACGAUAAGAUUCAUAAUAGCAGUGAUAUAAACAGUAAUGCAAGGCAUUAUGAUCUUAACCAUAGUAAAUUACAAAAUUAUCACAAUUAUUAUGGGAAUUUUCCCCUAUGUUCACCUGAUACCUAUCAAAUCCAACAAAUACCAAUCAUAAGUUACUUGUUUCAACAGUUAAUAUACUCCUGAUUCUUCAAUAGCAAGUCAGAUUCAGAUCUCGGCACCCUUUUUCCAGAACCGCACCCUUAUCAACUGGAGGAAUGUAACUGGUGAUCCUCCUUCUUCUUUCAGAGCAAAUGGGGACUUUCUCCAUGUCAUUUUCCUGUCACAAUGUUAUCACAGCAGCAUGACAGUGUUGGGAUUUGCUGACAAAUCAAGUGCCCCAGAACACUACCCCCUGCCAGAAGACAUGGAGAAAUUGAGAAAAGCCCAAAAACUUGAGUACCUUCAUGGCUCUGAAAAGGAGGUUGAUUCUUUCAUUUUCCAGUCAGAAGAACAAAUGCAAAAACUAAAAGCUGAAGAAGAGAUAGACAUUUUGCAGCAGCAAGAAGUUACUGCUAAGGGAAGAUUUCCCUGCAGAUUCCCUGGAUGCAACAAGUCAUUCAAGUACAAUGGCAAAACCAGAAGGAACCAUGAACUGUUCCAUCAUCCACGUGUUCAGUUUAAGGAUUCCAUGAUAAUGACUCAAUCUUCACCUGAAUGCACAGCCCUUCAAAAAGAGACAAAAGCAGGUGAUGAUGUAUACAACUAUAACUGUGCAAUUCUAGCAGAUUGCUUUUUAUUUUUUAAUUUUCUUAACACUAUUAAAGAAGGGGAUGGAGAACGAAUUGUGCAGCAAUACAAGUACAUCAUGUUUUCUUGUAAGGCCAAUGGCUCACAUAGCACCAAGUAUGCACUAGAAUGUUUAACUCAGUUUUUCUUUGUGUUUGCACUGUUGUUGCAAAGAGACAGUGAGCAGUUUGUAUGGAACCGCUCUGUAAACAACAGUGGUAAAAAAGCUCCUAAUAUCCCAAUUGAUGAAGACACGGAACAUGAGAGCAAUGCCAUAAAGCAAGGCAUUAGAAAUAUUGGGCCUAAUGUCACUAAGAAUGCUGUUCAAAGAAUAUAUUUUGCAUGA